GCCAUGAGCUCACUCAGGAGUAAGUAGCGCCUCUAGGCUGCGCCUGUCCAGCUGCGGCACCGCUGGCUGCUUCUGCUGCUGCUGCUGCUCUGAGCCCCGCGCGGCGGAGCAGGUGUUCUUUCUCUACUCAGUAUUGUAUUGACGUGGGCAAUGAGUGCUUCCGCCCCUCUGCCGGAGUCUUCUGGAGAUCCAGAACUGCACCAAUUUGUCCAGAAAAACCGGGAAUUUGUCUUCAGGAUAAAACAGGAUGUCAGUAACAUCAGAAAGCUCAUGCGCAAAGAGUUUAAACUUGGCAGUGACGAUGAACUGAUAUUGAUACAGGAACUGCUGGCCAUCCCAAAAGUGGAUCUCUCCCAGUGCCAUACUGAUCCCUGCGACACGGCUGGCUGUUUCAACCAGAUAAGAGCAGGUCUUCACACCUACCAUGGCUACUUUUCCCACAUAAAAGAGAUCCUGCCGAAUUUUGCUAGCCACAUGGAUGUUCUCCAAGUGGAUGUGUCAAACCUGUCAUCCAACCUCCAGAGACAGAUGCAAGAGAGUGGGAUGACCGUAGUCGCCUACCCCCAGGUGGAAGGUCAGGCUCGGCCUUCCUUUUUGCAAAAUGAAAUGCAAAUUGGAAGCUACCUUGUCCUCAGACAUUUCCAGAAAUUCCUUGAGAUGACCCUCCGGGCCCUGCGACAUUGCAGUUCAUAA